ACAUGUUGAUGAUCACAAUUCAUAUUCGCAUCUAUGCACCUGCCCUGGUCAUCAUCAUCAGGCUGAAAAUUGUGACUGUCCAUGUUCACCUAAUCAUAUGGAUGAUCAACACUGUUGGAAUCCAUCAGAACAUGAUGAUCAUCAUUAUCAUAAUGACGAUGACCAUCACCACCAUCAUGAUCAACAUCCUGAUAAUUGUCAACCACCAGAUGACCAUCAUGGAGGACAUCAUUCAUCUCAUGGACACGAACAUCAUGGAGGUUGGGACAACCAACAUUCGUCUCAUGAGCAUCAUGGAGGUUCGGAUAACCAUCACUCGUCAGGUGGAGGUUGGGAUAACCAUUACUCAACAGAUGGAGGUGGAGAUUACCAUCACUCAUCAGGUGGAGGUGGAGAUUACCAUCAUUCAUCAGGUGGAGGUGGAUUCGAUAGUACAGAUUAUAAUGGUCCUGGCAGCUUUUACUAA